UCUCUUUAACCUGGCUUACAUAUAACACACUAAUAUGCUUCUAAUAUCCAAAUCCGUAAAAGGAUUUUUUAGGCUGCAUUAAUUAGGUAAACCGGAAACCGGGAACUCUUCCCAUAACAACCGAUGUACUUGCUACAUCAUUAGAAAAAUGGCAUCUAAAUUAGUCUGUUUCCCUCUUAUUCCGAGGUCACCGUAGCUGCCAGAUCCAGUCUUUAUCCAGAUCAGAGGCUCACUGCAGUCACCCGGUUCCAGUAUGUAUCCAGACCAGAUGGUGGAUCAGCACCUAGAAAGGACCUCUACAGCCCUGAAAGACAGUGGAGACCAGGACAACUAGAGCCCCAGAUACAGAUCCCCUGUAAAGAUGAUCAACAGGACAAGACCACAGGACACAGAUGACUCUUCUGCACAAUCUGACUUUGCUGCAGCCUGGAAUUGAACUGCUUGUUUCAUCUGGUCAGAGGAGAACUGCACAGUAAAAUCAGCAGUGUUAAUCGAGCAGUGUUAUUCUAUCUUUACUCUUAAAGAGUAAACUCAACAACAAUUGGUGAAAGAUACCCCCUAGUGUUGGUGAAAAUGAUCAGAGUUAAAUUCUGCGUCGUUAACUUUACUAUGUUAAGCUCCGCCCCUCAAUCUACCCCCUGCGAAGAUCUGAACAGGACUGGAGUAGUUUUCUAAUCGCCAUUUUCUUUUUGCUCCAACAGACAGGUAAGCUCUUUUAAGUAACAUACUAAAACGUAGUUUUGAUGUUUUAUGUGAAUAAAUAUGCUUACAUUACUGCAUAGGAUAUAUUUUGAUGCAAUUUGUGUAGUUUUGUUAUUUUGAUUUCGGGAAUACCGAUUAGGUACCUUUGUGGCAAGUUGAUACGUUGGAGAGUUGUUUUCGUCACACUGUAGCGCUAAUGGAAAAGCUUAAAUUAUGCCAAUAAUCUAACUUAAUUUUUUUCUUCCCGUCAGUUGCAUUUGGCACUGUUAUAUGCCAUUAAUAUGAUUUAGUUAUUUUAACGUUGAAUUAUCCAACAGUCACAACGAGGCAUCAACAUUUUUAUGUGUUGGAUGGUUGAAAUUGAGAUGUUCCAGCUUAGGUUGUGGAUGUUUGUAUCAUAUAUGACAAUGUUUAACGUGUAAUUCAUGUAAAAUUGUUGAUGAUGUGACGUAGGUCAUUUUUGAACAUAUAUUACGACGUUUGAUAAAGUCAAUAAAUAUGAUAACAUAAUAUAUAAACUGUUUUAAUUUUAUAUAAACUAUUUUUGCAAAAGUUCAGUUCGCAAAUUAAAUGUGUCCAACGAAAUUUUAAACUUUUUGUGAGGACAUUUAUUUGAUCACCACCAUCGCAUUUAUAAGUCACGUUAGAUGGCGCUAUGGGCGUAGAGAUGGUGCUGAUGCAACGCUGUUCAACGAAGGAAAAAAACACCCGCUAAAUUGUUUCUGGAACCUUCCUUAAUUUUUUCGGUAUUAAAGUUUGUUAUUGCUGUUAGACACAAUUAGCUGACCUGAGCGGUAACAUGUUAGGUGUUUAAAGUGAUCCUCAACCUAUUUUAAGGAUUGACGGUGUUCAAACGCUGUAUGUUUCGUUAGAAAAUAAUGAAAAUGCGCUUUAAUUUUUAAACUGCGUGUAAGUUAGUUGGUAUAGUUGGCGUGUCAUUGAUGUAUUGUCGAUGUUUUAAUUCUCUAUUUUAGGCAACUUGGAUCAGUAAAUGUAUGCCAAUACUUAGUGAAAACUAAAACACUAACCAAUGUAAGUAUUUACUAAAGUAUUUGUGAAAUAUUUUUGCUACCUUGUAUGACUUAUUCUAAAUCUAAUCAUAUAAACUGAUACUGAGGUAACCAUUUUACACCGUAAUCUGUACAGUACUCUCACUUCUUACAGAUCAUGCUGGUUAAGGUGAAACUUGGGGAUGCCCAAAAAUUUGUCAAGAUAACAGAGCUGAGCCUGGAGGAAUUUCUAUCUGCUGCAUUUUUAAAGUUUGGUGUCCCAGCUGUACCAGAGAAUGUGAAGGUUUUUGAUGAGUCAGGGACUGAGGUGGAUGGUGAUGUUUUUGAGGAUAUAGUCAGAGAUCCCUCAUUUGGAGUUCUUACCAUAAAACAUGGUGCAGACUUGGAUUCUGCUUCUCCACAAGCCUCUCAUGAGCAGUCAAAUCGGUCCCGCACUCCAUCCGUGGACUCCAGUGACUCACAGGACACAGUCAUUAUUGAAGAAACUUCUUCAAGUAAACGAAUGAGGCUAGACGAAGAAGCUAAAAAGUUGGUGGAAACCAUUCUUGUCCAGAAAUCUGGUGGGGAGUGUAUAAUAACGGAGUACAACCGAACUAAGUCUUUGGGGGAUGAAACAAGGAGGAAAAUGGUUAAUAUCUUGGCAGCUCACAUGACAGAAAAGAAUGGUACGUCACCAACAAGGCAGGUGAAAGAAAAAUAUGCCAGAGGAAUUGUGGCUUUGUUCCCGUACCUCAGUGACCCCUUUUCCAAAAAUGGCUACGAACAUUACUAUGAUGGCGAAAGCGGUACUGGGUACUUGGCAUGGAGAAUCAAAACUAUACAGAGAGGCUUAGCUAAAGAACGACGUGCAUCAUUUGAAGGAACGUCUACUGAAGGGGGGUCUGGUGGACCAACUGUAAGACGGCAGUCAGAGUUUAAUUCAGAGACCAUCUUGAGUGAGGAUGAAUGCAAGAAAGCAAUUGCAUUCAUGAGCCAUUCCUCUGAUGAGGACGCCAUCAAGAAGAAAAUGAAAUUGACAUUCGACUAUCGCCGCAACAUGGUUCUUGACCCCAUGCAGUCAAGUGAUAUAUUGACGGUCUUUCCACGAUUCAAAGACAUUAAAGGCUUGAUUGAGCAAGACUUUGUUCUGAUGUUUGGAGAAGGAGUGUCAGGAAAGCUACUGGAGAACUGGACCACUGCAUUCAAGAAAAAAGUGAUUCAGCAGUGCAAAAAGCUUCCCAGCACCAGUGAUUUGGAAGAACUUCUACUAGCAGCUGAAUCUCCUACUGGUGACUCAGAAGAGGGUGCUAAUUUUGUUUGGGACAGUGAACUCGCUUCAAUUAUACUUCUGUUGCAUCUGAUCCCACCUUCUGCCCAAGGCCGGAAAAGACCAGGAAAGGUAUCUGCCUCUCAAGCAGAGAAACACCUUGUUGUCUUUAAGAAGAGUGGAACAAACAUUGAGGAGCAUCUUCGAGAAAUUGCAGCUAUUGCUCAGCCCUACCUCCUGGCCGUGGGACCUCAGAAGAGUUCAAUUCACCAGUACUUCAUCGUUCUUGAUCAGCAUGCCAUUCCAUGCAAGUCAGCCUCUUCUCUUGGUGCUUUUGACGAGCUGUUUAAGGCACACUUUGUUUUUGGCACCUCUUACAACAUUAUGCUACACAACAUGUACACUUUCAUUCAGACCACUGUGUACAACAUAGAUGUUGGCAAAGUGAAAGAGAGUCCUCGUGUUGCUGAGGUUAGAGCAAGGUUACUUAGUUAGGCCUAAAGUUUUUCUGCCCUCAUGAAGUGUUUUGUUUGUCAGGCUGAGUUAUCUGGUUCAAAAAUACUUCUCAGGCAUCUAAGAUUAGUUCAUGGUUUUGUUCCUGGAAAGAAUCUUCGCCUUAAAUGUGUAGAGACAGGAUGUAGUUCUGUGUUUGGUACUUUUUCAGGUUUUAGGAAACAUUUGCAUAUAAAACAUACUGAGCAAAGUGACCUGAAUUCUGAUACCAUUGACAACAGUGAGACUGCUGAGGCAGAAGGACAAAUUAGUUCUCAAACAUUUGAUCAGAUUGGCAGUGUUGGAGAGGUAGCCACAACAUCUGUAUUGUUAAUGUCAAAUAAGAGCACUUUGGAUAUGUGUGCUUCGGCUGUUGCGCAACUAAAAGUUGCUGGGUUAAGUCAGUCUGCUGUAAGUGGUUUUGUUUCAUCUAUGGAGGAAAUUGUUUUUGAGAUUCACAGUCAGGCCAAGGAUGCAGCUUUGCUCUGUCUGCCUCCACAUGACAUUGCUACUAAAAGGAAAAUAGAAAAUUCAAUUGAACAUUUGGAAAAUCCAUUCACUUUCUUGAAUUCGGAAGCCAAACGAAAGAGACUCUUUACAGAGAAAUGGGGAAAUGUUGAACCAACUGAAAUAGUGCUUGGCACAAGAUUUGACAGCAGAAGAAACAAAACCACAGGAACAUUUGAUCAAGUUGUUGUAACAGAUAAAUUUGCUUAUAUUCCCAUUUUAGAAACCCUAAAGGCCAUUUUACAAAAUCGGCAUCUUACUGAUUUGUUUAAACCCAGGCAUGUUCCAAAGGAAGGCGUUUAUUUUGACUUGAGUGAUGCAGCACAUUUCAAAAGUAAUCCUUUAUUUUACACAGACAACGAUGCCUUACAAAUUCAGUUAUUUUAUGAUGAUUUUGAGACCGCUAACCCUUUGGGUUCCAAAAAAGGUAUACACAAAUUGGGUGCUAUCUAUUUUACAUUAAGGAAUUUCCCCCCCAUUUUUAACUCAUCAUUAGAUAAUAUUCAUUUAUGUGCUCUCUUUCAUGCACAGGAUAUAAGACGGUAUGGUUUUAAUUCUAUAAUCGAGCCUUUAGUAAAUGAUCUAAAAGUGCUUGAGAUUGAGGGAGUUAAGAAUCCAUUAUGUGGAAGUUGUAUUAGGGGUACAAUUGUUCAAGUCACAGGGGAUAACCUUGGCUUACACAGCUUAUUAGGGUUUCUGGAGUCAUUUGGGGCUCAAUAUUGCUGUCGUUUCUGUGUUCUUGAAAAAGAUCGCUUUCAGUUUGUGUUUUCUGAAGAUAACCCUGAGGUUGUACUAAGAACAACUGAGAUGCAUGCUCUGCACUGUAAAAGAUUACAGGACGACUCUACACUCCCUCAUGUUUAUGGCGUCAAACGGGUCUGUUUGUUAAAUUCACUGAAGUAUUUCAACACAGCCAACAAUUUUGCUGUGGAUAUAAUGCAUGACAUUCUCGAAGGUGUCGCUCAGCUAGAGGUAAAACUUGUUUUGCAGUACAUUCAGCAUAAUUUUCUGAGUGCUGAUGAUCUUGCUGGUAGAAUACAUGCUUUUGAUUAUGGUUACAAUCAGCAGAAGAACCGUCCUCCGUCAGUCAAAUUGUUUGGUGGAAGCAAUGAUUUGGGUUUAAAUGCCAUACAAUCUUGGUGCUUGUUGCGCAACAUGCCACUGUUAUUUGGUGAUUUAGUGCAGAGAGAUGAUAAACACUGGUGUCUUUUGCUUUUACUUCUGCAGAUUGUUAACAUUGUAUUCUCACCAGUCCUAACAGAAGGCAUGACCAUUUAUCUUAAACAUUUAAUAAUAGGACAUCACCAGUUAUUCAAAAAAUUAUUUCCCGAAAAAAAUAUUUUACCAAAGCAUCACAUAAUGAUACAUUACCCACAGUGUAUAAGAAAAAUUGGACCAAUUCUGCACAUGUGGUGCAUGCGUUAUGAAGCUAAACACAAAUUUUUUAAAACUCAAUUAAAAAGCUUCAAAAACAUCACCAAAACAUUGGCCAACAAGCACCAGAGUUGUAUGGCAAUGCACUGGGAGUCUUUUAGCCAGUACAGAUUGACUCUUGGUCCAGGGAAGAUGGUGGAACUCGAUGAACUUAAAGGUGGCAUGGAGAUGGCUUCCAAACUAGGAGUGGAUAUAUCAGAACGUGUCUAUUCUGUAAAAUGGAUCAAACAUCAUGGCACAGAGUAUCGCCCUGAUUUUAUUAUCUGUACUGAAGUAGCAUGUGAGAUGCCAGUGUUUUAUAAGAUCAAGGCUAUUGCUGUGAAAGAUGAAAAUGUACUUUUAUGUGGAACAUUGAUGGAAACACUCUGUUUUGAUGACCAUUACCAUGCAUUUACAGUCAGAAUGCAUCCAGACAGAAUUCUAAAGUCAGUGAAUGUUAACGAGCUGUGUUAUUUCAAACCAUUUGAUCUCCAAAUGAAGUAUGGUACAACAGAUUCUGCGCUGCAUAUAGUGCCCUAUUGCCAUUUUAUGCAGAUGUGAUGUUUUUUUGUGAAUGUAUUUUAAACCUGACCAUGUUUUAAUAAAUGUUUUAAAUGGUA